ACUCUGUUACGGAACCACGUUUCGAGACGAAUGUUCCCCGGCAUUAUGUAGUUCUCCUUUUUCCCGGUGACUGGAGGGCUAAAGUAUGUAGUAGACUAGUUUUAACCAUUUGUUGUUUCAUAGCCACGUUGGAAUUAAAUGUCAGUCAUGAUUGAAACAGAUUAACAUCCGCUUCAAGAGUGCUACUUUUCCCGUCUGGCCCCGAAGGUAGCAGCUAAAUUGCUAAUGGCUAGCUUCAAGGUUGCUUAGGUACAGAAAUUCGCAAACUUUUUGGCUCCAGCUUUGCGUGAAGACAUCGAGGCUGAAGUCAUGGCAUUGAAGCUGGUCCAGAGACUUCCAUCGGGGAUUGGCCCGGGUACCGUCUUCUCGGUUGCUCGGCCCGUGUGCGCGGCCUGCCUGUGCACCUCCACAGGGCGUUGCAUCCUCACCGGGGGCUGCCGCCGGCUCCAGCUGUCCUGGGGUGCCAGGAGCCUGACCGCCGUCGUACGGGGGCCGUCCUUCGUGGGGCCGCACAGGGAUUCCAUCCCUCGGUUCCGUCUGACCCAGCAGCACGGUCCCGUGGCCCAGGAAGAGGAGCGGGAGUUCCGGAGGCGUUUGAGCUCCUGCUCGUCUUCGGCCAAGGUCUUCAAGCUUCUGCGUUCGGUGGCAGCGCCGUCCGACGGCGCGGCGGCGGCCGCCCUCCACCGCGUGGCCGACCUGGAGCGGGAGGAGGAGGGCCCCUCCCUGCGGGACCCCUCGGUGCUUGAGGACCAGGCCAUCCGAGCCCUGUGCCUGCAGCUGGAGCGGGACUCGCGCCUUUUGUCGGAUUCCGCUCUGGUGUCGGCGCUUCUGGCCUGCACGCGCCUCUACCUGGACCCCUGGAGCACCCUGAUGGUGCGUCUGAUCUCUGAGAGCCAGGAGCGGCUGGACCGCGGUGAGCUGAGCGUGGGCCAGCUGUGCACCCUGGGCCGGGCCAUGCUGGCUGUGGAGGGUCCAGGGGGUGCGAUGCUGGAGGAGGUGAUGGCGCAAGUCAGAAAACUCGGCCCCUCGCAGUGGAGCUUAGACGAACUAGUGGCCGUUUACCAGCUCCUGCGAGGCGGCGCGGCUCACGAUGGAAAAUACCGCGACCUCCUGAACGCCAUGCACACCCACGCCGUGACGGUGACUUCCUCCAUGGACGAAGUGGCGGUCAGCGGGCUCCUGGGAGCCCUGAUGGACCUCAAUCAAACUCAGGCCACGCCGCUAGUGAUCCAGCUUUGUAAACGGGCCGUGCGACACGUUCCCCGCCUCUCCGACGAGCAGCUGGCCGCCGUCCUCGCCGCCCUCAUGCACUUCGGUCACAGCGACCACUACCUGGUGGAGGCGGUGGAGCGCCGCGUGCACGCCACCGCCUUCACGUGCCACUCGGAGACGCUCACCAAGGCCACGCAGUUCUUGGGCCGCAGGAACAUCCUGUCGCCGCCCGUGUUGGACGCCGUCGCCGAGAGUUUCGUGUACCGAGCGGACGGCUACAGCACGGGACAGGUGGCGCGGCAGAUCGCACCAUUUGGAAAGCUGUGCUACCUCCCGCCCAACGCCGGCGAGCUCUUCCGGAAGGUGGAGGGUGUGCUGCGUACGCGCUUCUCGCAGUUUCAGCCCCGCACGUUGCUGGGUUUGCUGCACUCCUGCAUCCUGGUGGAGAGGUUCCCCGUCAACUUCGUCUCCAAGGUGUUCAGCAACUUCUUCCUCCAGCAGCUGCAAGAGGACGGGAACGGGAUGGACCGGUUUGUCCUGGCUCAGCUGACUCAGCUCUAUAUGACUGUCAAGUUGGAGUGUCCCUUCUAUGAGGGCCCCCAGCUGCUCCCCAAGUAUCGUGUCAAGUCCUUCCUGGUGUCGGCACGCUCACUGGAGACGCCGGUGGACCCGCACCUCUACACCUUGGUCAAGACGGGCCUGGUGGACCUGCUCGGCGUGCGCUCUUACUUCGCGUCCAAAGUCUUGACACCGUACUGCUACACACUUGAUGUGGAGAUCAAGCUGGAUGAAGAAGGGUACGUGCUGCCCGCCAGCCAGGAUGACGUCUUCAAGAGAUGCAUCCCCUUUUCAACAUCAGGGAAAAACAAAUUGAUAGCGCUGUGCAUCGACGGCCAGAAAAGGUUCACCACCAACACCAGACGGCUUCUGGGCAGCGAGAGCAUCAAACAGCGACACCUGAGGCUGCUGGGAUACGAAGUUGUUCAGAUCCCCUUCUACGAAUUUGACAAACUGCACAGCAAGACCAGCGUCAUGAAUUACCUGCACCAGAAAAUCUUCCCUCACAGUUACAGACUGAGCUGGUGACGAUGUAAAAACACUCCCUGCGAUGACAAAUAUUGAUAUUUUUCUUGUAUACUGAAAGCAUUGUAACAUGGAAGGAUGGGGGGAAAAAAAAAAAAAAAAACACUAAUUAAAUCAAAAUGCAAAUAGUGACAAAUGUGUCUACACAUUGGAUUGUUUGAAAAAUACAAUUUAUUUGUGUUGUGCAAGAAAAGAGAAGAGUUCCACUUUUGAUUAAUAUAAAAAGAAUAAUAAAGCAGUUUUCAGUUUUUGGUUAGGUGCACAGCACGGAGUGUCAGCUGGAUAAAUAGAGACAACGGGAAAGUAUGAUAAAUGUCUACUCUGCUUAUGUAGCGGGAAUCUGUGGAAGUCCAAACUCGUCCACCAAGACGCCAUCCUUGAAAGAAAGAAUGUAAAAAGAAACAUUUGAAUGUGAAUAUUAGCAAAAAUGUUGGACUAUUCAUCGCGAGGGGGAGAAAAGCGGGUUACCCUGAUAGUCUUUGAGCCGGGUAGACCUUCGGGGAUGGACGGCACCGUAGAGGCUUCGUCCAAGUAGGAGCUGUCGUCGUCCAUCAGGAACUCGUCUCCGAGGGCGCUCAGUUCUGCCAACCAGACAAACGCACACUUUACAACAUUAGUUGAGAUCACUGAAGACAUCCUCACGAUCGAUUAGACUCAACGAUUUCACAAAAUAAAUACUUUUACACACCCACUACAUACAGCAACACUUAUUCAUUCCAGCUUAGCUAUAAAACAUCUUUAGGUGACAUCAUUGGCUCUGCUUUGUGUUCUCAAAAUGGUGAGUACUUUUACUUUAGUCUACUGUCAUUUUUAAUUACUACAAAAACUAAGUGCAUUUUAUAAUCCAAUUAAUUUAAUUUAAUGGGAUUAAUAAAUUUAAAUGGGUUAGUACUGUAGUUAUCGUAGUUUGGUUAAGUUUUUUUGUAAUAGAAAUUAGUGUAUUUCUAUUAUACUGUAUAUGUGGCCUGCAAUUAGCUGGCGACCAGUUCAGGGCGUACCCCGCCUCUCGCCCGAAGAUAGCUGGGAUAGGCUCCAGCACGCCCGCAACCCUAGUGAGGAUAAAGUGGUACAGAAAAUGGAUGUAUUUACAAAUUUAUGAACUAGUAAAAUUAAAUUUGAAAAAUAAAUCAAUUGUUUAAAAUGUAAUAUGAUUAUUCAAAGUAUUACAUUUAAUUAGGGCAAUUAUUUUAAAUGAUUUUGUAGUAGUUUCAUAAACUACAAAAUAAAAUUAUUUAAAAAAAAUACAAACAGUUAUGAAAAACCAGUUUUUUUUUUGUUUUAAAGAAAUAUGUUUAAAAAAAUAGGUUUUAGUUUGUUAAACUUUAAAAUUUAAAUUCAUUACGCUAAAUAAAUAUAGAAUAAUAAAUAAAACGUUUGAAGUCCAUAUUAUGUCUUCUUCCUCCCGCAUCCACAGUUGAGUGAAUAAAUCUCCCCAGCCGCAAAAUGAGGAACUACGCUACUACCGAUAAUGUUAAUAAUCGUUAACAGCAUUUUAUUUUUUUCGACUGACCCGCUUCCAGGUCGUCCUCGUCUAUCUCUGGCGUGCCGUAGCUCCGGCCCAGCGCGUCCUGGAUGUCGUUGGCGUCCUCCAUCAUGUCCUCGAGCUGAUCUUGAAUGUUCUUAUAGACGAAGUAAAAAGGUUAAUCGUCUUACCUUGUACUCAUUAUUAAUAUAGGGGGAAAAACGGGUGUAAAAGUACCUCGAUUUGAUCGAUUUUGAUGUGCUUGUACACUUUCUUCAUGUCUUUUAGGCCGACCUUCAUGGCGUCCACCUAUAGGAAAAUUAUGUUAUUGCAAUCAAAGUACUUCAUUUUAUCCAUAUUUUGUUGUUACAGCCUUAGUCCAAAAUUGAAUAAAUCUUUUUCCCCUCAAAAUUGUACACACAACAUUAAAAUUUUUUUAAAUCACAUUAACAUAAGUAUUCACAUCCUUUGCUCAAAACUUGGUUGGUGGACAUUUGGCAGUAAUUGCAGCCUCGUCUUUUGCUAAAAUGCUAAAUGUCCUUGCUUUAAGAUGUAUUAAGAUUUAUUUUUGUUUGUUAGUAAAAAUGACAAUCCAUUCUGGAAUAAGGCUAUACAAAAUGUGUAAAACGUUAAGCGUUUUUUGGACGAACUGUAGCGCGUGUCGGCAAUGAAUGUAUGGUCUUACUGUGGUUCGAGUGUCUUUAAGGGUUUGAAUGGUGUAGUUGGUUUGUUCCAUGUUAAACGACUGCUGCAUGAGGUUGUCGCGCUGGCCCUCGUACCUGCAACGGCAACGUUGGACGUUUCAAUAAACCGAAAAUAAAAAGUUAGGAAAUGAAUUCAAGCGAAAAGGUCGCUUACAUUCUCUUCUGCUUCAGGAUCCUCAUGGCCUUCUGUUUGACCAUGUUCUAGAGGUGGGUGCACGGAGGAAGACGCUCAAUAAAUAUGUGAGUGAGUGGCGUAAAACUGACAUAUUGUGUCUGUUGUUUCACCUU